CUAGUCUGUUUGUGUUUUGACGUUUUUGGAGAGCUCGUCGGACCAUCACACACAGGUCCAUUUAAGACACAUCAGCGCUCAGCGAAUCGGAUCAAAAGAGAGAAGACAUGGCCUCAGACUCUCCACGCAGACCAAGCCGCUGUGCUGGAGGGGUUCUGGUGCGAGCACAAGCUGCUACGGAGCAGUCUUACAUGGAAAGUGUGGUGACCUUCCUGCAGGAUGUCGUCCCCCAGGCGUACACAGGAGCGCCACCCACUGAUGAAAAGGAAAAAAUCAUUUGGGUUCGAUUUGAGAAAGCCGACAUCAAUGACACGGCCCGCAAUCCAGAGUUUCUGGAGAUGCACAACGGUACGAGCGAGCCUCCUCUCUGCCUCAUGAUCGGCUACACUGACGGGAUGCAAGUCUGGAGCGUUUCUUUGGCAGGGGAAGCCCAGGAGCUGUUCUCGGUACGCCACGGUCCCGUUCGAGCUGCUCGGAUUCUGCCAGCUCCUCACAUCAGCCCUCUGAAGAUUGACAGUUUUGCCGACAAGAGGCCCCUCCUGGGGGUUUGCAAGAGCGCAGGGUCCUCUGGGACGAGCCCACCUUACUGUUGUGCUGACCUGUACUCUCUCAGGACAGGAGAAAUGGUCAAAUCCAUUCAGUUCAAGACGCCCAUCUAUGACCUCCACUGCAACAAACAUAUCCUGGCUGUGAGCCUACAAGAGAAGAUCGCAGCGUUUGACAGCUGCACCUUCACCAAGAAGUUCUUCGUUACUAGCUGCUAUCCUUGCCCUGGCCCCAGCCUCAAUCCAAUCGCUCUGGGAAGCCGCUGGCUGGCCUAUGCUGAGAACAAGUUGAUCAGAUGUCACCAGUCUCGUGGAGGAGCUUGUGGUGACAAUGCCCAGUCCUAUACGGCUACAGUGAUCAAUGCUGCCAAAACUCUUAAGACUGGCCUGACGAUGGUGGGUAAAGUUGUCACCCAGUUGGCGGGCACUCUGCCAGCAGCCACUCCAGACGAGGAGGGAACGCCUCACAGCGCCAGCCGCCGGAGCCCCCACAACCCCGGAGUGGUCACCAUCAUUGACACACACAGUGUUGGAGAAGGACAGGUCCUGGUGAGUGAGGACUCGGACGGAGAGGGAGUGGUGGCUCACUUCCCAGCUCAUGACAAACCCAUAUCCUGCAUGCAAUUCAACCCCAGUGGGAUGCUGCUGGUGACUGCCGACACCCUGGGCCACGAUUUUCACGUCUUCCAGAUUCUCACCCAUCCAUGGGCGUCCUCACAGAGCGCCGUUCAUCAUCUUUACACCCUGCACCGCGGGGAAACUGAAGCCAAGGUCCAGGAUAUGUGUUUCAGCCAGGACAGUCGCUGGGUAGCCAUCAGCACCCUCCGAGGCACCACCCACGUAUUCCCCGUCAACCCCUACGGAGGUGCACCCUGCGCCCGCACACACAUGUCCCCCCGAGUGGUCAACCGGAUGUCUCGCUUCCAAAAGAGUGCCGGUCUGGAGGAGAUUGAGCAGGAGCUGAACAGGGCAGCCGCAUUAGGAGGAGGAGCAGGAGGAGUCAUAGGAGGAGGUGGAUGCAUCCUUGGUGGAGCAGGAGGGAUCGGGGGCCGCUGUAGCCCCAUACCUGGCCUGUCCAGCAGCCCCUCAGGGUCUCCACUGCACGCCAAGCUGAGCAGCCAGGAUUCUUACAACAACUUCACCAACAACAACAUGGGGAACCCGCGUCUGUCCCCGCUGCCCAGCCUCACCGUGGUGCUGCCGCUGGCUCAGAUUAAACAGCCCAUGACCCUGGGCACCAUCACCAAACGCACCGGCAAAGCAAAACCCCCGCCACAGAUCUCCCCGAGCAAGUCCAGUGGAGGAGAGUUCUGCGUGGCCGCCAUCUUUGCCUCGUCUCGCUCCUGGUUCAUCAGCAAUUCCAACAUGAAACGGGAGAAAGAUCAAUCCAGGCAGUCGGUCGUGGACUCAUUGUACAUCUUGAGUUGCUAUGGUAACUUAGUGGAGCAUGUCUUGGAGCCUCGGCCUCUCAGCACUGCUCAAAAGAUCAGCGAUGACACACCUUUGGAGCUCAGCACCUGUCCCAGGGCCUGUUGGACUCUAGCCAGAACACCACAGUGGAACGAGCUGCAGCCACCCUUCAACUCCAACCACCCCUUGGUGUUGGCCUCAGACCUGGUGCAGUACUAUCAGUGUCUCCUGGCUGCGAUGCCUCCAGGAAGCCCAGGACCAAUCACACGUCACGAGUCGUCAGACAGCCUGGCGUCGGAUCACAGCGGCCAGGAGGAUGAAGAGUGGCUCUCUCAGGUAGAGAUCGUGACCCACACGGGGCCCCACCGGCGCCUGUGGAUGGGCCCUCAGUUCCAGUUUAAGACCAUCCACCCUUCAGGACAAACCACAGUCAUCUCGUCCUCGUCCUCAGUCCUUCAGUCCCAGGGCCCCACUGACGUCCAGCAGCCUCUUCUGGACUUUGACACGGAUGACCUGGACCUACACAGCCUCAGGAUCCAGCCGGUCCGUUCAGAGCCCGUCAGCAUGCCCGGCUCGUCACGCCUGGUGCCGGAUCGCAGAGGACAGCCCAACAUCAUGGACGCAGGAACAGGUUAUUCCUAAAAAAAAGAAGCUCCUCGCUCUGCAAAAAUUCCAUUUCAAUUGAUUUUUGUUUUUUGCUUAUUUUUCCUCACAAGCAUGUCAAUCAUUUUCAUUCCCCCCUUCAUCCAUCCAUCCAUUCCUCCAUCCAUCCUCCCCUCCCUUCCUCACCACCCAAUCAUUGUUUUAUCAUUGGUGUGGGAGAGAGAAGAGGACAGGCGAGAAGAGGAGGAGGAGGAAGAGAGGAAGAUGGCCCGCUCUCUACUUGUUUGUCUUUUUUUUUUUUUUUACAGAUUUAGCUUCUGCGCCAAUGUUGCAUUGAUAAUAAUAUAUCAUAGUUUGUAAUACACAUACAGUAUAUGUGACAAAAAAAAGUAAAAGACAGGUGACUCAGGAGCACUGCACCCAAGAUAGGCGCGACCUUUCGCUGUGCUCAGCUCGGCAGGGCGCAGAUACGCUUUUGCGGCGCGCAACACAUAGACAAUGAAUUGGUUUGAGAGCGGCCCGCAGCGCCCACUGUACCCUAUCUCAAAAAAUGUUGUCAUGCUUGAGCCAAAUACUGGUUUUCAGGUGAAGGUAAAAGCAUGACGUGAUUGAAACAAGAUAAAAAAAAGACACACUUAAAACCACCUAAAAAAAACCAAAAAAACAAUUAAGGAGAGAGAACAGAGCCAAAUUUUUUUAACAUGGAAAAGGCUCAAAUUUGCAUGCCAACAUAUUAUUGAAAUGGUUGUACAAUACCAUCAUUUUCCAAGUAAGUUAGUUAGUUUAUGACAAGGUCAGGAGGUUUACAGAGCCAAAAUUCCACCUCUCUUUACUGGACAACAGAGAGUGAAGUAAAGUGCACCAGGCUCAGCUGUCUUCUCUCAGUACACAACAGUUUUUCUAUGGAGCAACUAGCACAAACACACACACACACACACACACACACACACACACACACACACAGAGCAUGUGCCCUUUAGGCAGAGAAUAAAGCCUGUAUUAUACAGGAUGGGAUUGGAUACAGGGUCACAUUAUGACGGAGGAAGUGCACAAGUGCAGAAAUGAAUACAGAGGAGCAGUGAACAUGGUGUGCAUACGGAGCUUCAAUGACACUGUUUCCUUUUUGUUCUCCUCAAACUCUCCAUAUUAAUAUGCAGACUGAAGCUCUGCAGUAAUGCACAAGUCUUUGCCUGACCGGUAGAAGAGCUCUUCAGUGAGGAGAAUAGAUAUAUCUCAAUCAUACAUGUUUAGCCAGUACUCGUUUUUUUAAUACACUUUACGCAAUGAUGAGUGACAAAAGGUUUGUAUUUGUGACAUGCUAGCAGGAAAUUGAAUACAAGUUACACAUCACCAGCAGGAAAUGCUUUAUUUAUAGCCAUUUAAAGCUCCUGUAAAGAGUUUAGCUGGUUAUAAAACCAACUGAAAUUAUUAUCUCUUUAUGAGCUACAAAAGCAAACAAGAACAUCAACAAGACUUUUGAUUAUCUCUGUGUUGUUACUUUUAAUGCCUGAAAUGCUGCAGCGAGGGUGAUUAUUAACAUCAGGCUGCAGAAACAGACUUUUUAAAACAUUUUACACAGAACAGAUCCGCAGCGAGUGAUAUGUUCGACUGUUUAUUGAAGCAGGAUACGUUUUUAUGACUUGUGCUUGUACAGGACACCUAAACACACAGAAAACACAUCAUUACUGGCAAGAAGCUUAUCUACAACAAUUUGGAAAGGACAAAAAGUAGUUAAUUUAAUAUUUAAGAGCCUUUUUCUUCUCAACUCUGAUGUACAUUAUUGCAUGAAACCUGCAGUCACUCAGUAUUGUCAAAGCUCAGUUUGUAGUAUUGAGCACAAGAGCAUAUUUGAUAUUUAAAAGUUAACAUAGCAGAUCAUUGGAUGAUCUACAAUAACUGUAAAUCAUAUCUGCUCUCUCCUGUUAUAAUUGUGUUCAAAUAAAAUCAAGACUCUGGUUAAAAGCUCCGUAGGACCUCUGCUUUGAGGUCCAUUUGAUGGUUUUCAUUUACCAGUAUUUACCCUGUGUGUUAAACUCCUUAAAGUUGUGUAUAUGUUGAGAAAAAUGUAAAUAAUGCCGUCUGCCUGUUGUCUUGUUUCCAGUGAAAGUCUCCGUUGUGAAUUAAACAGUACAUGUCUGACCUCCA